UUAUACUUUGUAUUACUUAGUAAAAAUGUUUAAACAAUUUUUCGUGAUUGCCUUUCUUGCGUUGAUAACGUAUUGUUAUUCGCAAUACACGUCGUCAGGGCAGUGUUCAGACAGAAAAAAGUUAAAAGCGGUAGAAAAUUUCGAUUUUGCCAAGUAUGGACAGACUGGCAGAAGAUGGUACACUAUUUUUACAUACAACACCCCGGCCGAUUGCCAAUUCGUGAAUUUUACCAUUACGUCUAACGUAACCGUCAAUUUCUUUUGGAGACGAAAGAAUUUAACUACUGGUGAAUGGAAUGGUAGGUCCGAUGGCGUGGUUACGUUUACACCCGACAGUGGUAAACGUAAUGGGAUUAUAAGUCUAAGAUACCCCAAUGUUCCCGACCCAUUGGUAUAUCCUAUUCUUGGAGUCGAUUAUGAUUCGUUCGUCCUGGACUACAGAUGCCUCAAUUUAAACAGCUCAAGCAAAAUGGAAUUGAUAUGGGCCAGGAGCAGGACAACGGUUUAUAAACCUCAAGUAGCAGCUAAAGUAAAGCAGAUCCUUAAUAAUAACGGUCUCUCCGAUUUGGCACCGACAUAUGCCGUACAGGACCCAAAGAAAUGCUUACCAUACCCUUAAAAUUUGUAUAAAAUUAAUCUGUAAUGAAUCUGUUAGUGUGUGAAUAAAUUUUCUUGAAUCAA